UACGUACCACCAAAGCAGCGGAGAAAGGCAGGGUAGGAAGAGAACACCAAAGCCACGAUCGGAAAAAUUAACAAACAAACAAAGGUACCACUUUAAAUUUCUGUUCGGUAAGGCCCAUCUAUUUUCAUCGGCCACCACCCGCGGCCAGCAUUCCUGCCGGCAACGGAGGCGCCUGCGUUGAGAGGGUACGGGGAAGCCUGGCGGUGGUGACAUCAUUAGUCGCACCAGUCGCUUCGGUCGGCCUCGAUCGGCAGUGUCGAUAGCACCUUCGCGUCGGGCCGGCUAGCGGUGUGGAAGCCUGGUGGCGGAGGCGCCAUAAUAGCCGUCCCGUUGUGUUGGCCCAGCAGCAGUAGCCACGUACGGCCAAGCGCCCGACCAUAGAUCUAGCAGCUUGGGCGAAACCACGGCGGCGUCGUCGGAUCGUGGUAGAGAAGUAAAGGCGUAAUUAGGGUUUCCUACAGUUUUUUUGGAAAUUUGGUUUUUUUUUUAAUGUACAUGGGAGUAAAUUGUCGUACUCUUCAAUAGACCAAGGAAGCCAUUUGUUUUGAUCGAUGAGGGAGGAACCAUUUAACCCUUUGCAUGUUUUAUUGGAUGGCGCAAUAGCAGGAGCAGCUGCUGGUGGUGUUGUGGAAGCAGUUUUAUAUCCUAUAGAUACAAUAAAGACCAGGCUUCAGGCUGCUCAUGGGGGGAGCAGAAUCCAUUGGAAAGACCUGUAUUCUGGAGUUGCUUGCAACCUUGCAGGGGUCUUGCCGGCCUCUGCCAUUUUCGUAGGCAUAUAUGAACCUACCAAACAAAAGUUACUGAAAUUAUUUCCAGAGAAUCUUAGUACUUUUGCUCAUCUGACUGCAGGUGCUAUUGGAGGAGCUGUUUCUUCGUUUAUUCGCGUUCCAACAGAGGUAGUUAAACAAAGGAUUCAGACUGGACAUUUCACCUCUGCUCCCGAUGCUAUCCGUCUUAUUGUUGCUAAAGAAGGGUUUAGAGGUCUUUAUGCUGGAUAUAAGUCAUUUCUAUUACGAGAUUUACCCUUUGAUGCACUCCAAUUUUGUAUAUAUGAGCAGCUUCGAAUUGGAUAUAAGAUUGCAGCAAGGAGGGACUUAAAUGAUCCAGAGAAUGCUUUAAUUGGUGCUUUUGCUGGUGCAAUAACUGGAGCUAUAACUACACCUCUUGAUGUCAUGAAGACUAGAUUGAUGGUUCAGGGUUCAGUAAACCAAUAUAAUGGGCUACUUAAUUGUGCUCAAACAAUUUUUCGGGAAGAAGGCCCAGCAGCUUUCUUAAAGGGUAUUGGUCCAAGAGUACUAUGGAUCGGGAUCGGUGGCUCGAUAUUCUUCGGUGUUCUAGAGAGAACCAAACUGUUGCUUUCCCAGAAGCGUUUGGAUCAGGACCUGAAAUCUUCGCAGUCUGCUGUCAUCAAUAACAAGAGGUGAAAGUUCUGGUUUCUCGGAAGUGAUCAAUCAACCAUCUUCAUUUGCCAAUGUUAAUUUACUUAGUUUGCUAAUUUACUUAGUUUGCUAGGGAUCAUUGUGACUUGUAUCUAUACCUUUUUAGGGAUUUAAUGUUAUGAUUUGGCCUUGUUCUCUAUUUCA